AAAAAAAAAAAAAAACAACUAAGAGAAGAGGAAAAAGUAAGAAAUUGUGAAAAUGCAAUCAGGAAAGAACGCAGCAUCGUCCGUGAAGGAAACGGCGGCCAACGUAGCGGCCUCCGCUAAGUCUGGCAUGGAAAAGAGCAAGGCCACUGUGCAGGAAAAGGUGGAAAGGAUGACAGCCCGUGACCCAUUGCAGAAAGAACUGGCGACAGAGAAGAAGGAAGAGAAGAAAACACAAGCUGAAUUGGAGAAGCAGCAGGCAAGACAGCACAAUGCUGCAGCCAAACAAAUGGAGAGCACUCCAGCUGGAGGGCAUACUGGGUAUACUACUACCACUGGUGCUGGUGGGCCCACUAGUGCCACGUACGGUGGGACCACAACUGGGACCCACCGUGUGUCAGCAACGCCGGGACAUGGGACUGGACAGGGACAGCAUUUGGGUCAAGUGACAGUGACUCAUGAGGGUGUGGUGGAGGAGUCUCACCCCCACCCCAUUGGGACCAGGAGGACCACAACCCAUAAUACCAGUGUGGAAGAGAAUAAUCCCCCAGGAUCAUAUGGGUCUGGUCCUGGUGGCAACUACAGUUAAAAAUGCCAAUGUCUGUUUUAAUAUGGUUGUGGCCAUGGUGUGUGGUCUAUAAUCUAUAUAUAAAGUAGUGUGUGUUGUACUUGAAGUUAGUUUGAUUGUCUAGUAUUUGUUUUCCCUUUCUUUGUUUUCUAGGCUUGUUUCUGUUUGGACGUGUGUAUUUGCAAUUGGCAUUUCAAUUUGAAUAAGAAUAAGAAUACCAUGAAUAUGUUACCAUGGUGCUUGAAAGA